ACAAUUACAGCAACCACAAUUGGUGUCCGACUCGCGUUAAUCGCCUCCUCGAUUUUUUCCGAUAGACCACUACUACCACCACCAAGAACCUGUUGAACGUUCAAGUCAGAGUGACUUUUCGCAAUGGCUUCGAUACAAAGCCUCAUCCCAUAUAUUUACCAUGAGAAGCAGCAGGAGGGGUCGAUGCUCUGUGCUCAACAUGCUCUCAAUUCACUUCUGCAGGGAAACUAUUUCUCAGCUCCUGAUCUCUCUGAGAUCGCAAGGUCCCUCGACGCAAUGGAAGAAGGUGUCAGGGACGAGAGCACAGCCGACUCAAGUACGAAUAUGGAUGAUACUGGAUUCUUCUCCGUCCAAGUUUUGGAGAAAGCUUUGCAGGUCUGGGGCUUGACGCUUGUGCGAUGGAGAAGCGAGGAGAUGAAGCCUUAUCAAGAUCAUCCCCAUACACAAAUGGCAUUUAUCCUGAACUGCAGCCAGCAUUGGUACACUCUACGUCGCUUCGGUAGAGUUUUACCAGAUCCCGCCGCGGACCCAGGUGAAGGCCAGUGGUUCAACCUGAACUCGUCCCUUCCCGAACCAGAAUGGGUCAGCAAACUCUACUUAGGAAUGGUCCUUCAUCAAGCCGAGGCAGAAGGCUACUCCGUCUUCGCAGUUAUCCAAAUUGAUCCAAGCGCACCAUUAGCACUACCACGGACUGAAGCAGACGAAUUGGCAAUGUCGAUACCCGAUUCUGCAACAGGCCCUUUUUCUGGACCGUCCGCUUCGACUGUUCCUGGUAUGGAAGCUUUCGAAGGGUUAGAAGAUGAAGACAUGGAGCUACAAGCGGCGCUACAGGCUUCUCUCAUGGGUGGUGACGACAUUCCAUACCCUCUUUCAUCACGCUUCACGCAACCCUCUUCACUGACCCCACCUCCACCUCCAAUACCACAACCACAGCCUGCACCUUCCCGCUCAUUUAGCAUCCCUAUCAGGUCAUCGACUUCCGAGAGUAGCAGCCGUGUACGUACACCAAUACGACGACCCCGCUAUGGUUUCAACAUCUUCGGAGAACCCGAUGAAGAACUUGACGAGGAUGAUGAUGAUGAUAUAGUGAUGCCUCCACCACCCGCCCCAGUAUCAAUACCUAUACAAGAAAGAGCACCAGAACCGAUGGACGCAAUCGAAGCUAGCAGGAGACGAAACCAAGCUCUUAUGGAAGCGUUUACACGUCAGCAACAACAUGCGAUGCGAGAGACGUACGAAGAGGAGCAAGCACGGAUAGAUGCGGGCUUGCCUGCUCGUCGAAGGACAAGACAAGAGGAGGAAGAUGAGGAACUUAGACGUGCCAUUGAAGAGAGCCGAGCCUUGCAUGCAGCUCAGAGCAAGACUGUGGAUGAUGAAGGUGAGGACAUGGACGAUGGUGAUUACGUCCCCUCACCCCGUCGUACCCCUCCUGCGCCUGCUGCUGCUGCGACUUAUCAAACACACCGCGUUUACGAUGAUGACGACGCGGAAUUGCAAGCUGCCUUGAAAGCAUCUUUGGAGACUGUUCCAGAGGGAUUCAGGAUACCAAGUACGCCUCCACCUCCACAGCCACGACCACCUUCACUUGCGCCGGCUGCUACUUUGUCCGCACCUCCUGCGGCAACGACGAAGGUAGAGUCAGCGGCAGAAGCUGAUACCGAGACGGAGUCCGAGGCUGAUACAAGUUCUAUCGCGGAGGCGGAAGAGGUCUUGGACGUGGACGAGAUGAGGAGAAGACGACUGGCGAGAUUUGGAGGGUCAUGAGAAAGGACGUUCACGUUCUAUUCUUACUUACUCGUCCUUGUUAUGACUUCGAUAGUGCAAUGUACCAACAUUUCAUCGUAUACGCUCAUACAUCAUCCAUAGACCAAAGUUCGUGACAAAUAACUUACUUUUCAUCAUGCUCUACAUUGUACUGAUACAUCAAGUUGACCUGUGCUAUAUCGUAAAGAUAUUAAUCCAAUGUGGCACG